CGUGGCGCGCAGCAGGUCAGGAGAGCAGCGAGAUCUUGAAAGUUCACACAACAGGAUAUUUAUCAUAACACAUCCUGGUUUCAGGAGGAGCUGCCGGCAGCGAUCUCAGUUCCCUCACACACACUGAGCUCGUCAACAUCAUGGAGUGGAAACUGACUAAAGGGAAGUUCAGGCCUCGUUUGCAGCAGCUGAUUGGCUCAAACAGCGAGGAGGCGGUUCCAAACUCGACCAGCAAAGCUUCCGGUUUGAUGCCCGACGUCCAAGUGGCGAUUACAGAGCUGUGCAAACUCAAAGGUGUCGGGCCUGCGACGGCAUCAGCCGUGUUGGUGGCAGGAGCUCCGGGUGAAGUGGCCUUCAUGGCUGAUGAAGCUGUGGAGAGCAUCGCUGAGCUCAGACCGGUCGAGUACACGGCCAAACAUUAUGCACUUUUCCUCCAGAAAAUACUGAACAAAACAUCCCAGCUUAAUACAGUGGACGGCCAGCAGAACUGGACUCCUCACAGGGUGGAGCAGUGUUUAUGGGCUUGGGCCGUGGCCAAUCAGAUUCAGCCCUCAUUAUUACAGGAGUUCAGUCUGAUGGAUGCAACACACACUGUGGCCAAUCAGAAGCCAGAGAAGAGGAAGACGGCGGAUGAAGAGCCCUCGAAGAGACAGAAGACUGAGAGAUCUUAAAGAGCAGCACUUCACUGCAUUUGAGUAUUUAUCCGGAGGGCGAUUUCAACACAUUCCUU